UCUUUGCUGGCUUCAAGCUCUCCAUGGUUGGUUUUUAAUGGGGUUUGUCUGCUGAGAGAGACCGGAGUUUCAGUUGGCCCAAUCCAACCAAAUUACAUAACCAGCCAAUCGCGCUCUCUCUCUCUUUCUCUCUCUCUCAAUUCAUAACUCCUUUUUUUUUCACUAUCCUCUCUGAAUUCUCUUCCAUCACUCCGCCAUCGUCUUCACGCUCAAAGUGAAAGAGGAAAACGUUUCAAUCAACUGCACUGCCGGCGAUUCUUGAUUUGAUUGGGCGAAUCAACAGAUCUAAAAUCUUCCGCAUUCGGAUCUUCUCUCUCAAUUCCAGAGGAUCGCUUCCUUCGAGUUGAGCUCAAGGUUUUCCAUUUUGCUUUCCCCUGUUGUGGAUAUUGUGAUUGGUUUGUAGUGCACAGUAUUUGAAUUUUCGGUGGAGGAACAUCUUACAUCUGCACUGCACAGUUCAAAGCUUAUCUGUCCACUAUUAAGCCGCGUCCUAUUAGAUGAGACGAUUUUGGAGGGUGGUUUGGGUGAGAUGAGGGAUGUUAUCUGGGUUGAUGAACUUCUUGAGGGCCUGCUUCGGGCCAAAGGCAGAUCGAUACGUCCGCUCCAGUUCUGAUGCUGCUGGUCGUCAAGACGGGCUCUUGUGGUAUAAGGAUACAGGCCAACAUUUCAAUGGAGAGUUUUCAAUGGCUGUAGUUCAAGCAAAUAAUCUGCUUGAAGAUCAGAGCCAGCUUGAAUCCGGCUGUUUGAGCACUCAAGAUUGUGGACCAUAUGGUACCUUUGUUGGAGUCUACGAUGGGCACGGAGGUCCUGAGACUUCUAGGUUCAUCAACCAGCAUCUUUUUCAACACCUCAAGAGGUUCACUUCCGAGCAGCAAUCUAUGUCAGUGGAGGUGAUCCGAAAGGCAUUUCAAGCAACAGAAGAGGGCUUUACCUCUGUAGUCUCCAACCAAUGGCCCUUGAAACCACAGAUUGCUGCUGUGGGAUCGUGCUGCCUUGUUGGAGUAAUCUGCGGUGGAACUUUAUACACUGCCAACCUCGGGGACUCCCGUGCUGUUUUGGGGAGAAUUGUCAAGGCAACCGGAGAGGUACUUGCUGUUCAACUCUCAGAUGAACACAAUGCAAGCGUUGCAUCUGUAAGACAAGAGCUGCAAUCUUUGCACCCAGAGGACUCACAAAUAGUAGUUUUAAAGCACAGCGUCUGGCGUGUCAAGGGCUUGAUACAGAUCUCAAGAUCAAUUGGUGAUGUGUACUUGAAGAAAGCGGAAUUCAACAAGGAACCACUAUAUGCCAAGUUUCGCCUCCGUGAACCUUUUAAAAAGCCCAUACUGAGCGCAGAUCCAUCAAUUUCUGUACGGCAAUUGGAAUCUGACGAUCAAUUCAUCAUAUUUGCAUCAGAUGGUCUUUGGGAGCACCUUAGUAAUCAAGAAGCCGUCAAUAUUGUCCAAAACAACCCACGCAAUGGGAUAGCUAGGAAGUUAGUGAAAGUUGCAUUGCAAGAAGCAGCAAAGAAAAGGGAAAUGAGGUACUCGGACUUGAAGAAAAUAGAGCGAGGAGUGCGUCGCCAUUUCCACGAUGACAUCACCGUGAUUGUUGUUUUCCUUGACUCAAACCUCGUGAGCAAGUGUAGCUCAAUCAAGAGUUCUAACCUGUCUGUGAAGGGAGGCGGCGCGAGCCUGCCUCCAAACAGUCUUGCUCCUUGCGCCACACCGGCUUAAUUUAAAGCUUGGCCAAAGUCCUGUAAUGUUUGUUGUACUCCUAUUUUUCUCUCAUGAAUACCAGGUAUCCUUUUUAAAACGUAUAUGAUCAGGCCAACAAUUGUUUAAUGUACACUGUAACCUUUGACAGCAACUAAUCGUUCAUGUUCUAUAUUUUGUAUUCAAAGACUCAAACAUUGACACAAUAGUUGGAUUCCAGAAUUGAUUGAAGAACAAAAAA